AUGAAAUUCACCACUUCUAUCGUUGCUCUGGCUCUUGCUGUAAGCGUUCAGGCUGAAUGCUACAUCACCGGCGGCUUUGGUACCGUUGGCGACAAAGGCUGCUGCUGGGGUGGCGAUCAGGGAUCAGACGCCUGUCUGAGGCAACAAGGCGGCAUAGCAUGCACCCAAACUGGUAACGCAGAAUCUGCCAACUUUUGUAUCAAUAGGGGUAUCCCCACUGAGAAAUGUAGCGCGGAUUGCUGCGAUAUCAAGACUGGCAAAGGACAGCCUUGCCCCAAGGGAAAGAACAGGUGUGACAGCGAAUCUGGCUGCCCGUACCGUGAUGGAAAUGGAAACCUUCUCUGA